AUCAAGAAUAAUGCAAAGGAACAUGAUCAACGGUAGUCUAAGAAAUAUCAUUUCACCACCUCUGCCAACCAGCACCUUAUUUGGUCGGAAAGCCUCUGUGAUCGGACUCAGACAAGCCACUGCUCACUCUGCUUCUAGGGAACCAGAUCAUCAUAGCGAUAUGGACAAAGGGAAGGAAGAGAACACUAAUGACAAAGCUGGAGACGCGAUGUCACGUUCCUUUGGAGAAGCUUAUUCUACAAGGUGUGAUGAAGAAGGAUUUGGUGGAACCUAUGGCCACAAACAGUCUUUCAAGUCCCAAAAUGAUCGAGUUAUUGAUGAUCAGCAGAACCAUUCUGAGUACGACAAAACGCAGGGUAGUGUGAGUGAUGAAGUAAAGGAGAAGGAGAAAUCACUACACCAGACCGGCCCCAAUCGCCAAUAGUAGAUUAAUUAGUCUUGGACUAUAUAAUAAUUAAUCCUAUAUUAAUUGGGGAGUAAUAUAUUAAUUCCAGUUCAAUUUUAUAUGCUUUAGUUUUUAUACAUAAGUGUGUGUUAAAUCUUGUAUGAGUUCUUAAUAUUAUGUAUGUAAAUUUUUAGUGCUUAAUCAUAUGAUGAAAUCAACUAAGAUCUUGGUUGGCUA